AUGAUUGGUCAAUUUGAUCAACUUUCUCCAAAAGAUCCUGUCUUUGAUAUUGCCAUUUCCAAAAAAUAUGACACGAUACUCAUUCCACAGAGGGUUGGUAUAUCAAUUUAUAAUAGACCAAGCAGUCGGGAAACUUUCCAUCUCGAGCAAUUAUUCAAAGUAGAGAAACCCAAUUCUGGGCUUCGUUGUAUGAAAUUGGUUGAAGAGGAAGGAGAGGAAUUUAUCUAUGCAACAGAUUACUCAAGCACUGUUGUUAAAUUUAGUGUUUCGGAUAUUAUGAUACGAAAAGUAUUUUCAAUUAUUUGGCAAUCUGAAUCAUUUUCUAAUUUGUGGGGAUUGGAUGUUUUGAAUGGAAAAGUUUAUGCAGUUGACAAUAUGAAGUCAGUUAAAAUUUUGGAUUGCAAAAGUGGUGCAACUAUUUCAGAAAAUGCUCCAAAUGUAGCAGAAGGAUACGGUAUUCAUUUCUUGUCAGAGAAACAAGCAGUAGUAAGCAACUCAAAGAAAGUGGAAAUAUUCGAAAGGGACAAUUUUGGUAAUUGGAAUUCCAUCAAACAAACUCAAUUUCCAAUGGAAGCUGCUUAUUCAAUUUUCUGUGAAGAAUCAUCCGGAUUAAUCUAUGUUUGUGAUGAUUCUAAAUUACAUGGAUUGAAUAUUCAUGUGGUAAGACAGAAUGAUUUGACAUUGGUGAAAUCAUUUCCAAUUCCUUCCUUGCAUUUUGGUGUUAUGGUGGACGAUAAAAGUGGAUUGCUGGAACAAGUAGCAUCAGCAGAUAGAAAGGAUUCCUCAGUUUGGACUUUGGAAGCAGAGAAGGAUGGAGUCUCUGUCUAUUCGAGACCAGUGGAUAAUCAAGAAGGAGGUUUGGAAUUGGCUUUUCGUAUUAGUGGUUUGCUGAAGGCUUCUGUUGAGGAGGCUUUUGAGGCUACACGAAAUGUACAUUAUAAAGUUGUUCAGAAGAAUGCCAUUGAGGAAGGAAGAGUAGUGGAGGAUCAUUAUUCAACACCUGACGAGGAUGGAGAAUUGUAUGAUAUUGUCUAUCAGAGAACUCCUUCUCCGAAUACAUAUAUUAUUGCCAAGAGAGAGUUUUUCUCUGCUCGUUACUUUACUGAGAUUGAGGGCAAAAAGUUGAUUUUUGAACGAUCGAUUAAUAUUAAUGAUUUGGCUCCACAGACUUUAAAGUCUAUGAAGAAGAUUCCUGGAUUUAAUGAACCAGGUGCUAUUGAAGGAACUAUCAAAUUUAGUAUUGUUGAAUUUGAGGCAAUUAGUGAGACUAGCUCAAAAUUUGAGGUUAUUAGCAAGAUGAAUUUGAAUGGUUGGAUUCCAAUGAAACUUAUUAAUAAUUUAAUGAAGAUUGCUCCUCAAAAGGCAAGAGAUGACAUUGAAUCGUGUAUUGACACUUACAGAAAGUCCAAGCAACAAAAAUAAUUUCCUCUCUACCUCAACUGCAUCACCAUUUCUAAUUUCUAGCUUCACUUGUACAAAUUAUUUCUAUUUUGAAUUAUUAAAUUAUUUUACACUC